AUGUCCUCCAACGGCUCCAAGCCCGCCAAGCCCGACCCCCUUGGCUUCAUGACCAAGCUCUCCCCGUGGGUGAGUGUCUACCGGCCGACCAUCACGCCACCUCCGAGCUCUACGGCCCCGCGACUCAUUGUCCUCUUUGCCUGGAUGAGCGCUGGGUCCUCGGCCGUUGCCAAGUAUGUUCGUGCCUAUCAGGAUGCAUAUCCCACCGCCCAGAUCUUGCUCCUGCGAAGCUCACUGAUGCACUUCCUAUCGCCCCCGACCACAAUAACACCCAACAUCCAACCCGCCCUCCCAGUCAUCCGUUCCGUUGUCGCCACCAGCCCCCAGCAAUCACGCCCGCAAAUCCUACUUCAUGUCUUUUCCAACGGCGGCUCUGCCAUGCUGAGCAAGCUCCGGGACGCAUACGGCGCCAACUUUCCGGCCCAUGUGACCAUCUUUGAUUCUUGCCCCGGCAUCAAAAACUUCACUACCGAUAUGAAUGCCGUCACGUCUGGCAUGAGUCCUCUGGUCAAGGUUGUCGCAUAUCCUUUCUUCUCGCUCCUGAUAGUACUCUACUCUAUCUGUUUCAUCGGCCGUGAAGAUAGUUUCGCGUAUUAUUUCCGGGUUCAUAACGAGGUCACAAGCGAGGCUAGGCGGGCAUACAUAUAUAGCGAUACUGACCAGAUUGUUAACUUCCACGCCGUGGUGAAGCACGCUACGGCAGCAGAGGAAAAGGGAUUCCAUGUUAGACUUGAGAAAUUCCACGGUACAAAGCAUGUCAUGCAUGUGAGAGACGAUGAAGAACGGUAUUGGAAAAUCAUCAGGGAGACUUGGGAGGGCUGA